GAAAGAGGAGACUAGGACAGCGGUGCAGGCAUCUGUGCCGCGGCUCGGGGCUGAGGAAGAGGAGCAGCGGCGGCGGCAGGGAGGAAGAAGAGGCGAGGAGCCCUCCCGGAGCCGUCCGUCGGCAGCGGGGGACGCGGCAUGCGGUUGUCCGGAGGCAGUGGGCUUUUCUCAGGAGGGAGAUGGGGAGCUGCGAUCUGACCAUGCCUGGGUGAGAGGGGCAAAGGACCAGUCGCGCAGCCCUGCCACCACCAACUAUCACCACUACCACCACCACCAUCUCCUCUCCCUCCUCCUCUCUCUGCGUUAUUGCUCUUAUCUUCUCCACGGCACUCCGCUUUGGAUGGACUGGGGCUGCUUCUUGUGGUGAGACCAAGGUAGAGCCACCGGCGAAAACCAACAUUAUCUCAGAGGAAGAAAAAGAAGGAAGAAAGAAAGAAGAGGGAGAAAGAGAGAGGGGGGAGAGUGGAAGAGGGAGAGAGCGAAAGAGCGAGAGAGAGAAGGGAAGGCAGACAAGAAAAUCCCCCCAAUCUUUUAAGUCAAUGCAUAUUGUGGUGACACUGGCAAAGGAGCCCUCACGGUGGAGUCGGCCAGGGCUGUGCGUUCCCAAAAUAUGACCAGGGGUGCUUGGAUGUGUAGUCGGCAGUAUGAUGACGGCUUAAAAAUCUGGUUCGCACCCCGGGAGAACGAGAAACCCUUCACGGAUUCAGAGAGGGCUCAGAAAUGGCGACUGUCCCUGGCAUCGCUCUUGUUUUUCACGGUCCUGCUCUCUGAUCACUUGUGGUUCUGCGCCGAGGCCAAAUUCACGGGGACCGGAGAGAAGGAGCAGCCGCCGCCCGAGAAGCCGGAGCCGCGGAGCCGGAGCUGUCUGCGGGCAUGCGGGGAGCCGAGCCCCCCCGCGCCCCGGACUCCUCGCCCCCCCUCGCCCGCCCUCCCGCCUCCCCGGCAGCAAGCUGGUGGCGGCAGCCCGCGGCAGCCGCAACAACGGCACCGAGGCCCCGGCCACGGACAAAGCUUGCUUUCCAUAGGGAACUCCACACAGGCCCCUGAGACGUGUCCCCCCCCGGGGUCCUCGUCGUGGCAGUGCUUCAGCUGUGGGGACGCGGAGGGAUGUGCCCGCCGCGCAUGGGGGUCGGGGCCGCCACCGGGUGCGGGGCAGAGCCCGGCGCCCGGCUGGGACCUGACGGAUUUUUACCUUUCCUUUUGUAAUUCCUACACACUUUGGGAGUUGUUUGCCGGGUUGUCCAAUCCGGACACUUUGAACUGCAGUCUGGAUGUGGUGCUGAGGGGGGAAGGCUCCUGCAGCCAGUGCGUCCAGGCUUACCAGCGCUACGACCAGCACGCUCAGGAGAAAUAUGAAGAGUUUGAGGUUAUGCUCCAGAAAUAUUUACAGUCGGAUGAGUACUCGGUGAAAUCGUGUCCUGAGGAUUGUAAGAUUGUCUACAAAGCCUGGCUGUGUUCCCAGUAUUUUGAAGUCACACAGUUUCACUGCAACAACAGAAUUCCUUGCAAGCAAUACUGUUUGGAGGUUCAAACGAGGUGUCCCUUUAUAUUACCAGACAACGAUGAUGUCAUCUACGGAGGACUAUCAAGUUUCAUCUGUACAGGGCUCUAUGAAAACUAUCCAACCAAUGCAGAACCAGAAUGCUGUGAUGUCAGAUGGGGACUAUUAUCAGAUCAUCAAUCCAAAGGGACUAUAAAAACAAGUGGCUCAACAAUGUGUCACAGGACAUCGCUCACAGUUUCAUCAGCAUCAAGACUGUGUAACAGCAGACUUAAACUGUGUGUUCUUGUAUUAAUUCUCUUACAUACAGUACUUACAGUCUCAGCAGCACAGAACUCAACAGGACUGGGCUUUGGAGGCAUAACAACUUUGGAAGAUAAUUCAACCAAUGAGGAAUAAAAGAAAGGAUUCAUUUUACAUGACAGAAACACAACAGGCCCAAAUGACUACAGUCAAAAACAGCAAAGACUGAGUGCUUUACCCUCAGAUCUCUUCUUGAAUGACCUUUUGGAUAAAAUG